UUAUAUAAUUAUUUAAAUCCUAAAUUUCAUAUUCCAAAAUCCCUACCACAACUUACAACUCUAAAUCUUAAGUUUAAAUUAAUUAAAAGUGAUUAAUGUAAAUAUGAAAAUUGGUAAUAUGAAUGUACCUAGCUAGUAUUUACGAUAAUUUACCUAAAGAUAAUAACAGUAUAUAUAUCUUGGAACUAUACGUUUAAAAAGUUUAUACGACGAUAAAAAGAGAGCUUAUAGAGGAGGGGAGGCCGAUUAGGGUUUGAUCGACAAUGGAUCAGCAAGAAGAAACAAUCGAACAAAUCAACAAAAAAAGAAGAAAACAAUCAACAUUUACUUUUCCUCUCGAUCUAAUCUCAGAGAUACUCUCAAAGUUGCCGGCAAAAUCUGUUGGCAGGUUUCGUUGUGUUUCAAAGCUCUGGUCAUCAAUCACCACCGCUCCGUACUUCAUCAACAAGUUCGAAACUCAAUCCAGACAAAAGAAGCCAAGUCUUCUUGUCACCUUCAAAAAAGGUGACAGGUUGUUUGUUUUCUCGAUUCCACAAGACCGCCAGUCUUCAAACGAACCUCAUACGAUUCCUUCUCAGCCUGUUCACAGUUAUCAUAUGACAUACCCUAAAUCACGUCGCUUCUUUCCUAGGGCAUCUGUCCACGGCUUGAUCUGCUGCUUUCAAAAAGCAAAAAAACUCAUAAUCUGGAACCCUACAACGAGAAAGUUGUACACCCUAACCAAACCCGAAAAAAGAUGGAAGUAUGCAACAUUUUUAUUAGGAUAUGAUCCAACUGAUGCUAAAUACAAAGUUUUGUGCAUUCGUUUUGGUGAAACCACUGACGAGGGUUGUGUUUUAACAUUGGGAUCAGCUCAAGAAUCAUGGAGAAGGAUCAAAACCAACCAUAAGCAUUAUGUUUACACUUACCCUGCCUAUGUAUGCACUAACGGCUUUAUUUACUAUACAGCAUAUGCUGACAAGACAGAUAGAAUUGGGUUUAUAAUGAGCUUUGAUGUCAGAUCUGAAAAGUUCCGUAUGAUAAAAUAUCCGUGGAAUGCUUAUUGGUAUUUUUCUGUACUCACAUAUCAGGGAAUGCUCGCUUGUCUUAGAAGUAAUAUUCCAGGUCAUAGCAUAACAUUGUGGAUUUUACAGGAUGCAGAGAAACAUGUUUGGUCUCCUAAAAACUUUCUUGUGCCCUUUCAUUACUAUGAUCAGAGUUUGAAACUAGUGUGCAACUUAAUUGGUAUCACGGAUGCAGGCGAGAUUGUUUAUGUACCAGAAAGGUGUUACAAAUCGUUUUAUGUUAUAUAUUAUGAUUCGGAGAGAAACAAGUUCCACAGAGUUGAGUAUAAAGGAAUCGCAGACGAUGAAUCAAGGCUCAAGAAUGGACUUGUAAGAAGUCGUCUGUUUAAUAUCCCUAUUGUCAGGAAUCACAUGGAGAGUCUCAUGUCUUUUUAACACUUGGAACAAUUCCUGUUUUUUUUCUUUUAUAGAAUGACGCUUAAUUUAUGCAAUUUCUUGAUUUAUCGUAUCUUAUAAUGGUUUUACAUUUUAAUUGUAAUCUAGAGAGUUUUUGUUCUUCGUAAUAUCAUCAAAGUUCUUCUACGA